UUCAACAACUUCUACGUUGUACUGGUCAUUCCCUUGUUGGUUGGGACUUCACCUGACUUGGGCCCUUUUACAUGGAAUACGAGGAAGAUGAUGAUGACAUCCUCUUUGCGAAGUGGAUGAGUAGCUUUUGGGGACAUAAAGGGAUUGCGGACAACGACAAAGAUGUCAGGAGCCACAAGAAGCGCCAGUCGUGUGCUCUUUCAGAAAGAAGGGCAUCUCUUCCAUGUCCGGCCCAGCUUACUGCCAUGCAUGCGGCUCGAUUCCACUCGACCUCUAAGGCACCGUCUCCAGUCUAUCUGAAGGGUUAUAAGGAACCUCGAGAGGACAAGGACAGCAAAAGCAACAACCACACCAAGAUAAGUAAACUGUUCUCAGUGGAAACCUCGGUGCCUGAGAGCAAUGGACAGAAAAAACGAUCCAAUUCCAUACAGGAAUUCUCUGAAUUAUUUGAGAAGCAGCUGCGCUUUCGGACAAAACGUUCCACAUCUCUGGGAGAGCACUCAAUACCACGGAGGAACUCGUCUUGCAGAGAGAAGGAUGAAGAUGAGGACCCAUGUGUCAUUUGUCAUGACGACCUCCACACUGGUAGUAUCUGGGAAUUGCACUGUUUGCACAGAUUCCAUAAAGAGUGCAUAGAGAAGUGGCUGUGCAAGAAACAGACGUGUCCAACGUGCCGCGUCCAGGUCAUCACAUCCAAGUCCUUCUUCUUGUCCUCUGCUCAGAUGAAAGUCCCCUGA